AAUCAUUUAAUUUUUAAUUUGUCUUUAUUUAUAGUUAGGUGAUGAGUAGAAGUAUACUCAAAAUUGUACCAUGUAUAUAUACAUAUAUCGGUUAUUGCAGGCUAAUCAGCCUCUUCAAAUAUAAUGUAGAACUAGCUUUAGGCCAAAGCUUAAAUUAAGGGGGAUAUCAUAUAAUGGACUUUGGAAACUCUCUGAUUGUGCCAAGUGUGCAAGAAUUGGCAAAGGAUCCCAAUAUGGUGACCAUCCCACCAAGAUACAUCCGCCUUGAUCAUCAUCAUCAUCAAAGUCAAAAUCAAACCAAUAUUCUCAAUUCUACUUCUUUUGAUGAAAUCCCAGUUAUCAAUUUCCAAAAUUUAUUGCUUAUUUCUGGGUCAGAAUUAUAUGAUUCUGAACUUGCUAAGCUCCACUUAGCUUGCAAGAACUGGGGCUUCUUCCAGUUAGUAAACCAUGGAAUAAGUAGUUCUUUGGUAGAGAAAAUGAAGAAAGAGGUGGAAGAGUUGUUCAAGAUGCCAAUAGAGGAGAAGAAAAAGUUAUGGCAGAUUCCAGGAGAAGUAGAAGGGUUUGGACAAGCUUUUGUAGUUUCUGAGGAACAAAAGCUUGACUGGAAUGAUAUUUUCUUUCUCACUACAUUACCACUUGCUUUAAGGAAACCUCACUUGUUUCCAAACCUCCCUCUUACUUUCAGGGACAGCUUGGAACUUUAUUCAUUAGAAUUGGCAAAACUAGCCAAAGAUAUAAUCUCCAAAAUGGAAAAGGCUCUAGGAAUAGAAAGCAAGGAAAUUUCCAAGUUGUUUGAAGAUGGAAUGCAAUCGAUGAGAAUGAACUAUUACCCUCCAUGCCCUGAACCAGAGCAAGUUAUAGGUCUCACUCCUCACUCUGAUGCCGUAGGCCUUACCAUUCUCCUUCAAGUUAGUCAAGUAGAAGGACUCCAAGUCAAAAAAGAUGGCAUGUGGGUCCCUGUCAAGCCUCUUCCAAAUGCUUUUAUUGUCAAUAUAGGAGACAUACUAGAGAUUAUAACAAAUGGAAUGUAUCGUAGCAUUGAGCAUAGAGCAAUAGUAAACUCUGUGCAGGAAAGGCUCUCUAUUGCCACAUUUCUCAAUACAAGUGUAGAAUCUGAAAUAGGCCCUGCCCACAGCUUGAUCAAUCAACAAAAUCCUGCUCUAUACAGAACAGUGGGAAUUAAAGACUAUAUCAAGGGUCUAUUCUCUCGUGAGCUUGAUGGUAAAUCUUACAUUGAAGUUAUGAAAUUGUAAACUUUACUGUAAUGUAAACGAAGGACUGGACUGAGGUUUACUAAGAUAUUACUUAAAUAAAAUAAUAAAUCUUUGCUUCACA